AGCGCAUCGAAGGCGGAUCUGAUUGGUUUCCAAUUAACUUUUUUAUUUAUUAAAAAAGUCUAAUAAGUAAGUAAUAACUUCUAUCUUGAAAUGCUAUAGUAGUUAAUAAAAUGUUCUCCCGGAAAACAAAUUUAGCUUAACAAACGUAUAUGUGAUAUAUUUCAACAAGUAAUCCUAAUCAUUUGUCCAUAUAGUUAAUAAACACCAUCAGUCAAAUAAUUAACGAACUAGUAUGUUUGCGCCAUCAGACGAUUUCUGCCAAAAUUCUAAAUCCACUAUGUUUGAACAGUUAAGACAACACUACUCACUACAAUAUGAUAAAGAAACUGUGUCAAAUUUAAGUAGCCUAAUGAAUAUUUAUUAUACUUUAAAUUGUUUUCUCAAUGAUAAUUACAGUCAGUGUAUUAGCUAUGAUCAACAGAAAUCAAAUUUCGGAUUGAUUAACCCUUUAAUAACAAUUAAUACAUAUUCAGAAUAUCCAUUUUGGUCGUCUGUGUUAAUCUCCGCAGCAGCAGCUGCUGCUACAUCAGAAACUAUGCCAUCAGCCUUUCUAACACUACCAUCGAAGAUGAUAAAACAAGCUGAGACAAUGUCAUCCUUAUCAUCACUGAUGAUGGUCGAUGAGUUACAUCAAGAAAGAAAUAAGAAUAACUAUGAAGAGGAAUUUUAUAGUAAAUUCUUCAACUGUGUACUUAAUCGGAAUGAAAAUUUAUGCUGUAAUGCAGUGGAACAAUUAAGUUCAUCAUCAUCGUCUUCAUCAUCUUCUUCAUGUUCAACUUCAUCAGCAUCAUCGUCAUCGCCAUCAUUUCAGGGUAAAGAGAAGAGUAAUGGAUUUUUUGUCAAAGAUUUACUAAGUUCAAGUAAAGAUGAGAAUUUUCAACAACGAGACAGCAGUAUGUGUGAUUACAAUGGCGAAGAGGCAGGAACAAUUAGUGAACAAGAUAACAAUGAACGAUUCCUUAAAUUUGAAACCAUAACUUACACCAAUAACCACAGGGAUGAUGACAGUACUUGUAACAGUAUAAAAAAUCUUCAUCAGAUAAACUUCCAAAAGAAUAAAUCAGCGAGUAAAUUCACUACACCACAAGAAGAUAAUAAUACAAAUUGUAUUAGGAAAGUGUUAAAAGACGACGGAAAUCGACUGAAAACUAAUCGUAGUCAAAAUAGAAAGCUGAAUUCACGUCAUCGGACAGAUGAGGUCACGUCAUCCAGUAAGCUCAGUGCAAAUGAUUCAAACCGAUUACACUUACCAGCUUGGGUAUUCUGCACUAGAUAUUCAGAUCGUCCAUCAUCAGGUCCAAGAAUAAGGAAACCGCGGAUGAAUCGGUCACAUGAUGAACUUAAUUUAAAGCGACCAAGAACUUCGUUCACUGUUCCGCAACUCAAACGUUUGAGUCAGGAAUUUGAACAGAACCGUUACCUUGAUGAAGUUCGUCGUAAGAAACUGGCCAAAGAACUGGAUUUGAGGGAAUCUCAAGUAAAAAUAUGGUUUCAGAACAAGCGAGCAAAAACCAAGAAGGCUUCAGGUGGACAAAAUUGUUUAGCACUACAUCUGAUGGCUGAAGGUCUUUAUAACCACUCUGUUCGAGUUCGUCCUGAUUUAGAAGAAAACAGUGAUGGCUCAAGUAUUUCAGAAUAACACCACUAAACAAACUAACUUAAUGUAUUUGUAUAUCUUUAUAAAAAUUAUUCGAUCACUUUCAAAAUCAUAUCUCAUAUCUUUUUCUUUAAAAAUUGAUUGUUUAUUGUCUUUAAAGUAUCAAUUCUGUUCAUUGAUUGUUUGUUUAUUUGGUUCACUGAAAAUAUGAACACUGACUUCAAUAAUUAACUUGAAUCAUUUUAAUGUACUUAUAUAUUAUUAUGUUGAUUCAUUAUAAAAAUUAAAUUUUGAAGUUUUCUCUGGUUUCUGUUUUCUUAAUAUUUUGAAAAUAAUAACAAUAUUGAAACAAACAAUUAAUUUCAACCUUACUUCUUAUAUGGGAGUUUUCUUUUUGAUUUUUAUUGAAAUUAAGAAGUAUAAAUGAUUUCUGUUGUUGACUGAUUAUUUUUAAUUCAUACAUAAUUUAUAGCAUUGAUGCAAGCUAUCAAUUUAAUUAAAUAUGAUGUAGUGAUGUGUUAAUUUCAUAUGUUCCUCCUUAUCUUCUCAAAGUUGACAGACGUAAACUGACGUCUGUGUCUUUCUUCUAGUUUGAUCAAUAUACAAUGACAAGAUAU